ACUGAGUUGUUGGCUCUCAUUUGUCACGCGACAACUGUUGUGUAUGCACGUCGUCGUCCGAAUGUUCGGCUUAAAAUUAAGUUCGUGUGUUUACAUUUCAUUUUCAUUAGGCCAGUACUGUUGCCAUAAACAUUUUUUAGAUUAAUCAAUGGAGCUACGAGGUUGUUAUUGUUAAGAUUAUCAAAUGAUAUCCAAAGGCACUAUGGGAUUGUGAAAUUACAAACUAACUUGGAUCAAAUUCAUCAUAAGGUUUACUUAGGAACACAAUGAAUUGGGCUCUGAUUAUUUAUGUCCUUUAUUUCACUAUUUUGGGUUCAGUGGCAACCAAAAUUGAUGGAGGAUGGGACACAGAGCCGAAUACUCAAUAUCAUAUACAAACAGAUGAAGGACCAGAGAGAUAUUUUAAAUAUCAAACAAUUAGUGGGCAAUACAGAAAAGAAAGACGAUUACAUGAUGGAAGUGUUGUCGGCACAUAUGGAUGGGUGGACGCGGACGGAUAUUUAAGAUUGAACGAUUAUGUAGCUGACUCGAAUGGUUACAGAGUAGUCAGAAAUAAAAAGUUAUUCGUUGGUUCACAAUCGGCGGUUGGACAAGCCGUUUCUGCAGCUAAGAAUGUUUCACCAGUGGCUGGUACUGCAGUGACUAUAUCGCCUUAUCGCCGUUCAAAGCCAGUGGUAGUUACAGAAUCACCUCGGCAAUCUUCAUGGCACGGCUCACCGUUUAUUUAUCCGUCCGACACUGACCGAUCACCUUUACAAUUCCCAUCGAGUACGACUUCGCCUUUUUACCGACAACUAUUAACCACUGCGUCACCCGAUUUCUUUGCUGCAGUUAAACCGGUGGAUGUCAAUUCCAUCGCUGUCAAUGGAGAAACUGCCGCCGAAUUCCAACGCAGGUCAUUCACGCCAUCUACCACGGUUUCCCCAUUGCCCGUUUACAAACAGCCACUGCGACCCCAAACGUUUCGUCCGGCAUAUCGAAAGGUAGUGGAUUUAUCGGCUCAAGGAUCCGAAAACGAAGAUCAGUACGACGGUGUAUCAUUCGUCCGUAACGGCUUCAAGUAUUAUUUACCCAAACAUUAUCACGAGGAACAGUCCAAUGAUCAGGAAGACACACGUGCUGGUAGUUUUGGUUAUAUUGAUCCUUUCGGAAUUCGAAGGGUAAUAUACUACAAUACAGCCCCUGGAACAGGUUUUGUGCAUAGAAAGAAUAAUCGGUAUGUAGGAUUAAACGCUGAACCAUUCGACCCUAGACCAAAUUAAAUUCGUUCCUUCCAUACUGAUUACUAGUUAAUUGGGAAUUUAAAAAUCAAACUAAUUUGAGA